AUGGGUGACCCAGCACCGGCAGAGACCCCUUUCCCGCUCACGGAGACGGACAAGGCGGUGCUGGCUCUCACGGACGAAGAGUUCAAAUCGCACGAUUGGGAGGACUUGAAAUCAACAAUCGAGGCCAACAGGCUGGAGGUCUUCAAGCGCAAGCCGUCCGACCUGCGCCGGUACAUGAAGUGGACGACGGAGACCAAGGCCGAGUAUGGCUCCAUGACAAACUACCUUCUCGUCCACCGCCUCCCCAAAGCAUGGGGCGCCCCGCCCUUUACACCGACCUCGACCGUGCCCCUGGCCGAGCCGGCCGACUACCGCGUCCUCAUCAACGACUGGCCCUACGGCCUGACGCCCGAGAUCACCCACAUUGUCGUCUGGUCGCGCACCCCCAUCGAGACGGACCCUGCGUCGGGCGACGUAACUACCGAGAGCAGGCUGCUGAUCCAAGACUUCGUCGACCGAUACUUCGCAGACGCCCUGGGAGCAGACGGCAAGGAGCGCGUGCUGUGGUUCAAAAACUGGGUGGCCCUGCAGAGCGUCCGCGCGCUGGAGCACGUUCCACGUGCUGGU